CGACGCUUCGAUGGUUCCUGGAUUCUGCCUGCGUGUGUGCAUGACUCUUCUCUAUUCGCCCUCGGAGAUCCGCCUGCAGGGAGGACGUGCCCGACCCGGCUCCACGCCAAGACCUCUGGCGCCCCGGCUCCUGUCGCUGCGUGGGCACCCGGGCCCUCGACCAGCCUUCCUCCAGGGGGGCCGGGCUUCCCGCGUCCGGCGGGCUGUGCGGGCCGCCGCCAUGCCGCUCUCUCGCGCCGCCGCCUCGUCCGCCGCGCCCCUGGCUGCGCGCGCCGCCGCCGGGACGCCCCGGUCCCGCCGCAAGGGCGGCCGGGCGGCGCUCGUCCGCAGCGGCCGUGG